AUGUGUACAUUAAUAUCUGCCUGUCUUGUGCAGGUAAGUGAAUAUUCAUUUCAUCAUUUCCAAACUGGUUUGACGUUCAUCUACGCCAUCGAUGAUCCCCGACGCCCCCUCAGCCCUGAACACAUUUUCGUCUACAUCGGGAACAGCGGAAACAUCGAUCCCGGAGACAUGCCGAUUCAAGCCCGAAUCUCCCUGCCGACAUCGCUCGGGAGACGAAUCAGAAGAAAUAGCAGUCGGGUCUCUUUCGUGAUUUAUCGGACUACUGCUCUUUUCCUGUCGCCUUCGUUGAUCGAGUUCAACGCGAACCAAACUGAUUUCAGCCGAGUAGCGAACACACGUGUUAUCUCGGCGUCUAUCGAUUCGAUGCCCAUCUCAAAUCUAUCAGAACCAGUUGUGACGUCAUACCAUCCCAUCUUCACCGAAGCUAACGAGAACAUCGACAACGUGACCAACCCGGUAUGUGUCUUCUGGGAUUUCGAUGCCGAUGAGGGUGAUGGGAAUUGGUCUCGGGAUGGAUGUCGUCUAACCACAUCCGGGUUCAUCCAUGAGUACAGGUGUCAAUGUGACCAUCUAACCAACUUUGCUAUUCUCAUGGAUAUCUACGGAAAUACUCUGCUAACAGACUAUCAAGAUUAUGUGUUGGAGAUCUUGAGCUACGUGGGUUGUUGUCUGUCCAGUGUGUGUCUUGGAUUGACUCUUCUCACCUUUCUAUCCUCCAAGAAACUUCGGAAGUCCCAAGCCAACCGCAUCCUUGCCUCACUCUCCGCAUCCCUCCUCUCCCUCUACAUCACCUUCCUCCUCCUCCUCUCACUCAAUCACGUUACCAUGGUAACAUGUGGCGUCAUCGUGGGAUUUCUCCACUAUUCCCUGCUUUCCUCGGCCUGCUGGAUGGCGGUUGAGAGCUUCAACAUGUACCUCAUGGUGAUUCGAGUCUUCGACCGCGGGGGCAUCCCACAUUUUAUGCUAAGGGCGGCUGUCUUUGCGUUAGGCACACCAGCUAUGAUCGUCGGGAUAACCAGUGGAAUAGCCAGACAACGAUACAUGUCAUAUUCAGAAGACAGGCAAUGCGGAUUUUUGACACUUUGGCCACUGGUGGGAGGGGUUCUAGUUCCAUUGGCCAUUCUCAUCCUCUACGAUGCUCUCAUCUUCGCACUCGUCAUGCGACGACUGACACGCAAAGUGGCGGGAAAACAAAUCACCAAACCCAAAUACAUUGAGCGGCUGCGUCGUCUGCACAACGCCAUGGCUUUGAUCGUGCUCAUGGGGUUGACCUGGGGCGUUGGAUACCUGACCUCCAUCCAAGUCGCUAGCCUGGCUUUCCAGAUUAUUUUCAUCAUCUUAAACUCGCUCCAAGGUGUUUACCUAUUUCUCUUCUACUGCUUGAGAAACCCGAUCGCACGCACGCACUGGAGAAACUUGCUAUGCCCCCGCCGGAUGCCGUCUCGAGAAAAGGCUACAGUCGUCAGCACCUGCUCGUCGUCGAGUGGUAACCGAUCUCGACCUCAAUCUGGAAAUCCUGGUCCGGACGACACGCCAGACGACGAAGGAAAGAAGACCUACGAUCAAGACGUCAAGUGGUACCGCAAAAUUGGGAUUGACUUCUGUCAUGUAUCUUCAAAACAACGGAGGGCUGACGCAAGCGUUUAUACGAUUGAGCUGUCGCCGUCUUUGCCUACAUCUGUGAUGUCAAAGAAGAUACCAUACGAUGGUGUCUUCGCUUUUGAUAAUGAUGCAAUUGACGAUAUGAUGGAGCAAAUGGAACACGUUUACUAGUUAUGAUAAUUGUAACUAUGGUCUGGGCCUGGCGCUUAAACAAAAGAUAUCAAAUUAACGAGAUUAAGCAAUUCUAAACAUAAAAUUUAACUUAGCCUUUCAGCCAAUCAGAAUCGCAACGGGUAAUGCGUUAUUACCUUUAAGGUAUUUUGCGCGAGUAUCGACGGCUUUUCGACGCCAUUUUGCUGACGUACAUGUAUAGGACUGUGUCAUACGUCAGCUACGCGGUCUUUAAAGCGCAAUGUAAGAGUGUUAAUCGUGCAAACAUUGAUUGCAAAAAUGAA